ACUGCACUAUUUUCAUGUGAACAUUGCCGUUGUACAAAACAAGACGUUUAAAUGAAUACCAAGUGACAGUAAUAAAUAAAUUGUGUUAGCGUAUUGCGGUGUUUUAUACACUGUGCCAUGUUCGGAUAAAGGCAACCACACACACAUCUAAUUAAAUAUGCGGUUGAAUUUAUGUAAAAUUUUCAUCGUAAAAUUGGUUCAUUUUCUGCGCCAGAAUUGGCUUCGAUUUGCCGUAUCUAUUACAUUUUUAAUAUGUAUUUGGCCAAAUCGGUAUGCGCCGCAUUAUCCGUACAUAGCAUCCGAUGAGAUUUUGGAUGAGCUUAUUGAGAGAACAACACCAAAUGUGACCCAACAAUUUGCUGGCAAACUCAGUUGCGAUUACAACAAUGUGAUAAGUGAAAAUCAAUUUAUGUAUCGUGAACCGUACAUCAGUACGUUAUUAGAUGGAAGUGAUAUACGAUUGGGUGGCGAAUGGAUGCCAUCGACAUGUGCACCAAAAUAUAGUACGGCCGUUAUUGUUGUUUACAGACAAAGAGAGAAACAAUUGGACGCGUUUCUCACAUAUAUUCAUAACUUUUUGCGUAAACAACUGAUACACUACAGGAUUUUCGUAAUCGAACAAUACGAUCAAAAACCAUUCAAUCGUGCAAUGCUCUUCAAUAUCGGCUUCGUAUACGCUAGUCAAUUUGAUUUUCCAUGUCUGAUUCUGCAUGAUGUUGAUCUUAUGCCGAUGAAUCUGGGAAAUCUCUAUGUGUGCACUCGUAAACCCCGCCAUAUGUGCUCAAGUUUGGAUAAAUUUCGGUUCAAUUUGCUGUACCACGGUUUGUUUGGAGGUGUUGUAUCUAUGGAAACCAAAGUUUAUCAAUUUAUCAACGGAAUGUCGAAUAAGUUUUCAGGUUGGGGAGGUGAAGAUGAUGAUUUUUAUGAGCGUUUGCAGGCGAAAAAAAUUGACAUUUGCCGAUUUGGUCCCGAUCAUAGUCAAUACACCAUGCUAAAACAUAACCAAGAGGCGCCCAGUGAAAAUCGAAUUGCAUUUCUAAGUAACGGAAGUUUACGAUACAAUACCGACGGUUUAAAUUCCCUUGAAUAUAAAGAAAAAGAGGUCAAACUCCACAAGUUGUUCACACACGUUUUAGCAAUUACCUAAAAUGCACCUGCCUUUCUUUUGAAUAAAUGUUUAAUCAACGAUUGAA